GCGUGGUGUAAACAUUCAGUUGGUUUGCUUUGCGUGAUAUGUACAUAUCGCUCGAAGCUUCACCUCGAGAGCAGUGCAUUUUGAGUUGCUUUAGUGCGGCUGUGUUUCUACAACAGUUCGUAUUCAUCAUUUGAAAUUCAAUUUUGAUUCGUAUAAAUAAAGUUUUUGAAAUGAAUAUGGUUGCCCGUUUUUCUCGUCGUCGUAUUGUGAUUAUAACCGUUUCCAUCAUAGUUCUUUAUAAUAUUUUAUCAUCAUCGUACAGUGAAUAUAAGACCGAUACGAUCAUUUAUCGCACAAAACCGGAAGUCGUUUGGGAGUAUGUUGCUGAUUUCAGUAAAAUGAAAAAACUCAAUCCUACCAUAUUGGAUUUUAACAUUGUCGCCGAUCAUGGAAAUUUGGAUCAUUGGAAAUAUUCAGUGGAAUAUACGGAACAGCUUUCGCAUUGGCCGUAUAUCAGAAACACUGCUGUUGGUCACUAUUCGGUUCGGAAGCUGCCGCAGUCGGAGGGUGGCCAGUACUCUGUUGCAUCAACGCACAGGACGUGCUUUCUCUUGGGACUUUUCUGUCUGAAUUCUAAAGGCGAAUUUAAAAUUUCCUAUUUAAACGAAGAAGAUACGUUUUGUCAGGAAACUGUUCACUAUCAAUGUCCAUUCUUAUUCGGUCAAUUUUGUUUUCGGGAGGUUGAAUUUCAGCGGAAAGCAAUCAUGGCCAAUUUGAACCUCCAUUUUAAGCAGAAUAAAAUGUAAUCAAGUACUCCUACACUCAUAGCCAGAUUUGACUGUGGGUCCCAAAAAAAAACAACACCGUUUUUUUGAUCGUACAUAAUUGAAGCCUUUAUUUGUCUUUAAAAACUUAAAAAAAUCGGUUAGAAAUUUACAGAACAUCAACAGUUACAUUUACAAUCGUUUAAUCAAUGCCUUAUUCUUCCAGCUUGUAAUAUCGUAAUUACAACAUAACAAUGUCAAA